GGAGAGUCUAGUAGUUGUCGUAGACAACCCGCUUUCAGAAUGUUUUCCCCCCGCGUUUCCGGAGUUCUUCGAAAAAGCGCACAAGCUAGGAGCAACGUAUGUCGUGGUCCUCAAGUGCGCCGCAUGGCCGGAAGUCACUAUCUGAAAAUAAGUAAGACGCAUACUAUGUGGGGCGAGGCUUUCGGAACCGUCUGCUGGUUGUGGAUUUUUCAUCGGGCUCGCCACGACUUGCCGGUCGUUCUCGGGUUUCGACACCCUUGGGAACAUGCCGAAGACCCCUUCAGUCCUCAUACUCAUCAUCACGGAGAGCAACCGAAGCCCGAAUCUCGUUCGGAUGCUUGGGAUAAAUUUACUUCAAAAGCCAUGAUUCAGAAAGAGGUGGACGAUGAUGAAGAUGAGGAAGAUGAAUGAAUCCUCCUUGUCUCGCUGUACUUACUCGACUGUAUGCCGAAAGCACAAAUAUUUAUCGGUGGACUGUGAAGGUGAAACGAUGCUUUCGGAAAGCCGGAAAUGCACACCAACCGGAAAAUAAAAUGAAAUUUAUUCUAAAAAAUAUUCAGCAAGC